AUAAGAAGUAGAAGAUGGAUAACUGACUAAUGCGCGGAGAGUCAAACAGGUGGUCGACUGCUGCAAUUCUGGACAACUUUGUGAGUGAAACUCAACAAACUGUGCCACUAACCUUGGAUAAGUAGGGUACUAAGAUGCCCAAAAGCGAUACCUGGCCAGGUGGCAUUGGAUUGGAGACCAUGACUGGCAUGGACAGUGCUGGCAGCUAUGACAGCGUUGUCAGUGCCAAUUCUGUCUUUAGCGAUGAUAGUCUGGAGCACCUGUCUGCAGAAGAGAAGGCCUGUCUCAUGUUUUUAGAGGAGACUAUUGAGUCUUUGGAUACUGAGGAGGACAGUGGACUGUCCAAUGACGAGCCUGACCUACUGCCCAGCCCUGGCAACCUUGCUACCAAACUGGCUGACCUGUCAGCCUCCAUGAGCAAGAGCAAGCUGAACGAUUCACAGAAACCUGCCUCUAAAGAGCCAAUCAAGGAAAAUGCUGACGCUAAGCCCAUGCAGAGCUACCUGGUUCCUACACCUCUUGUUAUGGCGAGCAGCACUAUGUGUUCUGUACCCAGUACUACACCAGGCAUUCCUCCAGACAAAAACCUCUACUCCAAGCCUCAGUUCACUCCUUCAAGCAGCAAACCUGGUCACAAACACAACCAGAAACCUGUCACUCCCCCAGUACCUUUGGAGGUUAAUGUUGUGAUACCUCCUCCCACCAAACUGAGAGAUAACUCAGUUAGAACAGCUGAGAGUCCUUUACCUAGAGGACCUCUGUCCUACGAGGCACUUGUUCAUCUGCGAAGGAGUGCCUCCACAAAGAAGACCCCUUUGUGUCCCACAGUUGAUCAUACUAUUGACUUGGACAAGCGCCUUCCUGCUUCAAUGGAAGGUCCAAACCUCGGAAACCUGCCAAGAUCUGAGAGAUCCCACUCUGAGUCUUCCAAGUCUAAGACAAGUCCUCCAGUUGUGGCCCCUAAACCCAAAAAGAUUCCUGCCAACACAUCUGUGAAACCACCAAACGAAGGUUUGAUAACCUCAGACUCUUCAUACAGUGUCAAGCAUGCGACAGAUCCCCAGGUGGUGAGACUGACAGCUUUGCAGAAGCUUGGGCUCCUGAAAGACCAACAGCCAGAAAAUGGGAUAGUAGCCCCCCUAUCUCCCCCUAAAUCUCACUCCUUUUUGGACCCAACACCUAAGAGAUAUACAAAAGGUCCAUCUAACGGUAAUCCAUCAAGAAGCCCAUCGUUUUGCUGCUCUCAAGUACCCACAGAGCCUAAGAACAAGCUGCUGCAGAGCAGUGCCAGUUUCCAUAACUACUCAAGACGUGACCAACAGUCUGUAUCUGCAUCACAUCCUGUCCAAUCCAAUGGAUUGAAGGCAGCUGGUUUGGAGCGCUCUGCUACCCUGAACAGCUACAGGAAUGGUGGAAACUGUCCUGAACUGGGACACAUGACAGCAGCCGAGCCAGUGAAAACCACCACUACAGCUCAGCCUGCCUCCCACAAACCUUCAAACGCAGUUGCAUAUACUGUGAUGGUGGUGCCUGGGAUGGGAGCUGAUCGAAAAGAAGCGCUCAGAAAGCUUGGACUGCUCAAAGACUGAAAACUGGUAAACAACAGAAGUCUGCCUGCUUAAAUGCAGUGCUUAGAGAGAGUUCAAGAGUACCAUCAGAUUAAAGAGAGGUUACAGCAUUAAGCGGGAACUUGGCACUUGACACUUUGGCAAAUUGAAGCAUGAGGAUGAAGAAGAACAACUUAAAUGGAAAUAACAGCACUUUUAAUCUAGGUCAUGCUAUUUUACUUACUUGAGGGCAGUUUUUCCCCAACUAUUGUACUGUAGGUCUGAAGAGUAUCUGGAAAUGCACCUUACACAUCAAACCCCUGAGGCUCUCCAUAUUUGUUGAAAAUGGUGUCUAAUGAGAAUCUCUUAUUGUGUUUACUGUAACAAAUUUCAGUUAGGCGCAACAGGACACCAAAUCAGCCUAAGACUGCAUAUGGAAAAAGUAAGCAGUAUAAACAUCACUAUAGUCCUUAACCCUUAAAUCUCCAAAUCAGAUGCAGCAUUGGUUUUCUGAAUGUUUAAAAUACAGUUUUGCAUACACUAGUAUGUACACUCACUUUUGGGGCUAUAAGAAAUUAUUUGUCCUAAUUCAGAUGUAUGAAAUUACGUUGCAGUAAGCCUUGGUGUGCACAAAAAAUCCUACUUUAGAAUAGUGGUGACACACUGAAAGCAAGCCACAGUGUGGUUUUCUAUGAAUCUUGUUCAUUCCUCAUUAUACUGUACAUAACACGCUGUUCCACUCUACUUCUACCUAAAGGAAACAUCAACCCCAAUCAAGAGAAUUUUAACAUUACUGAUUGUUUUGCAAUUCACAGAUGUGCCUAUAAGUGGAUCCUUGAGAACAUUACUUGGAGCAAAGCCGCAAAAAAAAGUUUAUGCAGCUGAUCAUUAUUAUAAAACAAAACUCUGAAAAUGUUUUGGGGUGAUUUUUCAGUCUUUUCUAAACUAUAGUAGCUAUCAGAAUUACAUGAUUAUUAAGAUCUGAUGUACCAGUAGCUCACAGAUUUGUUUCUACUAUAAUUUUAAACUGUAUAUGUUGUUUAGAUGGUCUCAAAACAUGUAUGACAAGCUGGGUUCAUGUGACUGCCUUCAUGGUUUAAAUACUGGAGAUGUUCAUCAAGAGUGAAAAAAAAUGACAAUGUGAUUACUUCUACCAGCUCUUUACCAUUUCCAUAAACUCAUCACUGAAAAUAAAAAAAAAAUCUGCAUGUAAUAUAUUACAUAUUGAAAUCUUUAUCAUGACAUCUAAGCACAGUAUUACAGCAGUCAAGCCGUUUCUGCGCAAGUGAGAAAAUACAGUAAAUUUUUGAAUUGUGAAGCCUAGUUUUUGAAACUGUUGCCAAGCCUUGUGGACUGUUUCACUUUGACAUGUAAUUAAGUUGAGCUCUAAAUGAUUUGCCUUUUCAGACUGAGCGGUUGAACAACAGUCACAAAGAGGCAAAAACCCUUUAAGUCAAACCGUCAUCCCUGUAAACCUGCAAGUGACUUUACCUCU